AUGGGUAUGAACAGAGAAAAAAUUAUCUUGGAUGAAAGGUUAAAUACUAGCCCCCUUGGUGUCAGUGCCCACAGGUGGCCAGCCAAGGAUGGUGUCCCUGGCACUCCAGCAGCUGUCUGGGUUCCUGGUGCUGUCCUUGGGUGUUGGGAGGUCGAGGAGCAGUUCACCCACAGAUUGUUCCCAUUGCAGGGGGAGCUGAGACCUCGGCUGUGCCACAUGAAGAAGGGCCCUGAUGGCUAUGGCUUCAACCUGCACAGUGACAAGAGCCGCCCAGGGCAGUACGUGCGCGCCGUGGACCCUGGCUCGCCGGCUGAGGCGGCAGGGCUGGCACCCCAGGACCGCAUCAUCGAGGUGAAUGGUGUGUGCAUGGAAGGCAAGCAGCACAGUGACGUGGUGGCAGCCAUCAAGGCAAGUGGUGACGAGACCAGGCUGCUGGUGGUGGACGUCCUCACAGAUGAGUUCUUCAAGAAGUGCAAGGUGGUGCCUUCGGAGCAGCACCUGACAGGUCCCUUGCCAGAACCAGUUGCCAACGGUGAUGUAGGGAAGGAAAAUGGAGGAGAGCCACGGUCCAACUCGGUGUCUGAGAGCCCGUCCAGCCCCGCACCACUGGCUGUGUCCCCCAACUCCAGCGAGACCCACAGCGAGCCUGUCACACAGGAGGGUGACAAACGCCAUUCAGCACCCGGCUCCCUCCUGGACCUCGACAUCCCGCUGGCCGUGGCCAAGGAGCGGGCGCACCAGAAGCGCACCAGCAAGAGGGCACCCCAGAUGGACUGGAGCAAGAAAAAUGAACUGUUCAGCAACCUGUGAAGGCCCUAAGGCAGGGUGAGGGUCUUCUAGCUCCCCCCAGCCCCAUACCCACCUCUCCUGCACUUCUCUCCUCCCUGCCACGUGCUCCUGGUGGAGAUGUGGGCCUGCUCCAUACCACCCUGACCCAGGUGCUGGGGUUUGGUGGCCAGUGAGCAUCCCUGCAGAGGGGUUCUGGGCUGGGGGUGCCCCCUCCCAAAAGCUCAUCCCCAGGGUGCUUCUCCAGCCCUGCCUUGAAGCCCUGCACACCCUGGUAGGCACAAGCAGGGGUUUGGGAGGGAUCAAGGAUUUGGGGUGGCUGGAUGCCCAACACUCCUGGUCCCCAUUGUUCCCUGUUUUUUCCCCCACUACAAACCCCAUCUCCAUUUGAGAUUCUCUCUAAAUUUACCCUUUAACUGCAAAACCUGAGGCUUUUAGUGUCUUCUACCAAACCCCACCUUCCCAGCCACUGACCACAGCCGGGGUGUUUGACCCUGGACUGGCAAGCUCCGUCCAGAGUGACCCUGUCCCUUUGCCUCUUCAGCUGCAAGGAGGGGUAUGGGUGCCCAGCACUGGGGAGUGCCCAGCAUCCUGCCCUGGGGCAAUUUUGGGAGAGGAGAGGGUGUCUGGAGCCAGCACAGCAAGCAAUAAUAGUCUCCUUUGCUCCUGCACAGUUCCGGAGACAGCCAAUCAGGGUUUUAAUCCAACACUGUUUAAUUUAAAAGCUUCUCAUAGACUUUGGUUUUUUUGUUUUUUUUUUUUUCCUGAAUUAAGCAUUUUUCCAAUCACAUCUUUGGUUUUUUUUUUACCUGUAUUUUAUGGAAAUUCUUCCUGUGGAUGUUUUGUUUCCAUGUGCUGCAAUCGGGUGUUGUUGUACUGUUGAGCUCAAGAAAAAUUCUGUUUACUGGAAUA